AUGGAUCUUCCGCAAACAUCGGUACCCCACAGCUGGGAACAAGAGCCCUCGGUAGAUGAGCCGCAGGAAGAGCCUGUUGAGGAGCGUCCACGAAAGAAACGUCGCAAGUACAUUGCUCGAGCUUGCAAUGAAUGCAAGCGUCGCAAAAUCAAAUGUAAUGGUCAAGCGCCGUGCCAUCGAUGUGGUCGGCAGCACAUCGAAUGUGUCUACGUGGAGAAUCCUCGACCCGACAGCCACGGUGAAAAUGAGGAUUUUGAACGACUCUUCGAUCAAUUGAAAUCGAUGCAGGAUCAAAUUAGCUCUCUAUCAGCAACGGUGCGAUCAAUGGCAAACGGCGAAAGCCCACCCGUUGGCGGGACCCGUUCGAGUGUGGUCGGGCCAGCGACAGGGUCGUAUGGACUUUUGCCAACUCAACGCCCUUUGCGACGCGUCUCGACUGCGAGAGAGGCCCCUUUUCAAGGUCCGACUACCUCGGGAUUCAGCUUCGAUCUUGCCAAGUCUAGCUUGCUCCAGCGAGGCAUUGUGGAGCGAAAUGACCCCGGCGAAGAAGCGGAAGGCGAUUUGACUCAGGAACCCUCGCCUUUGGCCUCGCCGUCUGCUCCGAAUCGAGACUCGGAGCUUCGUCAUGCAGUGGACCCUCUCUGGGCGCUGCCGAAGAAUGAAGCUCUGCGACUAUGUCAAGUCUAUGAAGAGGAAAUGGGAAUUAUGUACCCUGUGCUGGAAGUCUCGGAGCUUCUGGAACAGGUGCAUCUUCUCUAUGGCUUGAUGGAUCGCACACUUGAGUCGGACAUUCAAACUAAUGGAAAGAACGCCUUGGAUCGGGAAGACGUCUAUAUUCUUCGAUUGGUCUUUGCGUGUGCAUUGACAGCUGAAGCUAGCGGCCGCAGUGAGCAGGCUAUUGCCUUGUUUGACAGCGUGCGAGAGGUUCAGGACAACUGUGUGUGGGGACCACCAGAGAUUAAAUCCAUCAUAUUUUUGACCCUCGUGUCCAUUUUCUAUUUCCAAAUGGACGAAGAGACGCUUGCAUGGCGGACCAUUGGAAUUGUGGAGCGCAUGUGCCUAGAGAAAGGCCUCCACCGACGAGAAACACUCAAUCAACCUGGGAUUGUGGCUGCAGGUAAAGAUCGAGUCUUGCGAUUGUUCUGGUCGAUUUACAUCCUCGAUAUGCGCUGGAGCUUCGGCACCGGCAUGCCAUUCGCACUGGAGGACACGGAUAUUGACCCGUGGCUCCCAGAACCCGAAGAAAAGACGCCAUAUCUUCGCGUGAUGAUUCGGUAUAGUCGGAUUGCUGCGAAGGUCUGGAAGUUUAUCUCGGCCUUUAACAAUACGAACGAAAUUAAAAAGGAGGAAAUGAACUAUCUAGAUUGGCAAGUCCUGCGCUGGGCUCACACGAUUCCCGACUCCUUGCGAUUGGUCCACCCCAGUACACCCGAGUCCAAUGCUGCAACCGAAGGUCCUCGCAGUCUUCGCAGACUGAGAGCAUUGCUCUAUCUCCGGGCUAAUCAACUGCGCAUGCUCAUCUAUCGUCCAGUCCUGCACACAGCUGGCCACAUCGUCCGAUACCCCAGCGAAUCAGAGACGGUUGUUGAAAUCGCCAAAGAUACUAUCCGAUUUAUUACGCGACUGAAUGAAACCUCCGAUAUCUACCAGCUGCAGCAGGUGGCAUUCAAUUGGUUCUUGGUAUCUGCUUUGGCUGUCUUGUUCCUUGCGGUUGCUCAAGCACCGUCUCAAUUCAGCGGGACGUGCAAGGAGGAAUUCUACUGGGCCUUGGAACUCGUGAAGGGAUUUUCUACACAGUCCUACAUCUCCCGGCGCCUAUGGAAGUCAAUCCGGAGCCUGCGUAGACUCGGGCCUCAGCUGGGACUGGUGGGUGCGCAGAAGCUCCGACGAAGUAAUCCAGUCGUUGCCGAGCCUGGACCUCCUGGACCACCUCCGAUGCAAGAGUCACCCAUUCCGGCUGCCGGCUCCAGUACACAAAGCCAGACUCCAUUGGACGGAGCGCAGAUGACGCAGGAACUGAUGGAGUGGUUCGAAGCCGUGGGUAAUCUUGAGGACCAGAUCAUGGGUGUCGGCCCUGGGCCCAUGCCAGAUGAUGCCCCGUGGCAGCAGAUGCCGAAUGGCGCAUUUAUGUUUGAUUAUGGGGAAGAGUUGUCUAGCGUGAUGAAAGAUUGUUUUUGA